AUGCUGCUUUUCGAUAAACGACACGUCCAAAAUUUGAAGCAGCCUUUGGAAAUCAUUGAUAUUCCCCACGACCAUGCGCCAAAAGAUGGGGUGGAAGCCUAUCGACACAACAAAAUAUUCGAAUACGAAGACUUGCAAGCACAUUUUAUUGCUACAAGAACAGAAAAUUACAAGUCACGUCUCAUAUCGGUCUGUCAACGCAAUUCAUGGAGGCCGCUGCAAAUGACUAUUGAAAUGGUCAACUUGAUUACGACCGAGCAUGGCAUGGAUGAAACUUUUACACAGUUACCAUCCUACUUCUAUGAUCGAAAGAGGGAUAUUGAGAAGUGUGUUUGUGCCCCAUUCACACAAUCUCGUUUCCCAUCUGGCCUACAAAUAUCAUACACCUUUAAAUACCCCGAGCAUUCACCGGAACAGAAUAAAUGGUCCAUUCGGCAAACAGGUGUAUAUCAUAAACGGGACACGAGGAAGGGUCAGAGCACAUGGGUACUUUUCAAUCCGACCCCAAGCUCCAUGGGACACUGCCUGGCAGAGAAACGGCUCAAAAUUGAGCAGCUAGAGGUGACAAAUGACCCUUUAUGGUUACAUUGGACACUAUUUUCUGCUUAUAUGCCGCUAUGGAGGGUAUAUAUCGCAGAUAUAGAGCAGCAGAUCCUACACAUUUCCAGUCAGGUCAUUAUAACGUCUAUCAAUAAGCCCUUGGAACUUUUAGGACAUGACCAGCUAAAAUCAAUGAUGAACCUGGAGAAACGAAUCAAUGAAACCAUUGCAAUUCUAGGAUCAGCGCAAGAUGUCCUUACUGAGAUCUGCGAUGCGUUGCAACAGGAUCCAGAUUUCGACACUAGCACUAAGGGACUAGAUGGACUGAAUAAUGUUCGACGCCAAUGUGCUGCAUAUUUGCAUAGUGCAAUGUAUCUUCAGAAGAUGGUCUUGUCUGUCACUCAGGCUUUGACCCAUACAGUGCUAUUUCGUGAUCAGGUCGUGGCCAAGGAACAAAACACUCACAUUUUCCAACUAAACAAAUCAGCCGUAUUUAUUACGACUCUGACGCUUUUUUAUCUACCAGCUUCAUUCCUUGCAGUACGUAAUUUGGUGGUCCAUUUCUUGAUUGCUUACGAAUUUCGAAACUAA